CACACAGUAAAAAAUCACAGGCACAAACACACAGCAGAGCUUAAUUCCAAGGACCUGUGAGUGCCACCCCCUGGAAUUCUGCAGACCCCAGCAGUUCAGUCCAGCACACCUUGGUGACGAAGUCUUUCUGGGAACACAGAUUGUCAACGUAGCUCAAGACGCCUGGAUCUAGAAGCAUCCCGUCCCCUUCCUGCUCCACUUCACCCGCUUCCCAUUGUGCCUUGAGCUCCCCGAUGGCCCCAGCGGGAGGCCCCAGCAGCUCCUCCAUGAUGUCCACAUACUCCUGCACCACUUCAGGGGGGAUCUCCUCGGGGGCCUUGGUCUCCGCUGGCCGCUGGGGCCUGGGUGGUGACAGGCAGGCAGGCGGGGCCUUGGGGCCGGCCUUGCUGGGAAGGUGCACUGAGGCAGGGAGGGAGGGCGAUGGGCGUGGUGAGGGCUGCUCCUCCUGCCUGCACCACACAGGGGAGGGCAGGGCUCGGGGACGUGAAGUGGGUCCCAGCGGGGUCAGGACCAUCUGAACCACAGUGCCCCAGAGGAGACGCCGCAGGAGGGGUACAUGGGAGACAGCAUUGUUUUAGAGGAAGCUUGGAGUCACUGAUGAGCUGAGUGCUCUACCUGUUGAUCCCUGCUUCCUGGGCAGAUUGUUGAGUUUUAAAAUGGUGAGGAGAGAGAGUAGCUGGGAAACUUGACCAGGUGAAUACCCACUUCAUGACCACGGGAUGCCCCGCCCCCCAGCUUCCCUGAGCUAUUUUGUUGGAAGGAGCAAAUCCCUCUCUUGAAGGGAGGCAUGAGGUGUGGGGACAGUGGUCUGCCUUGGCCCCUGUGGCCUUUGCUGUGGCUUCUGUGGGAAUGUGGGAAGCCAUACCAGACUGAUUGGCCACCUGAGGGGCCGGGGUUCCUUGAUGUUCAAGCCUCGGUGGGGCUGGAGGAGGCAGGUACUGGGACCCCUUCAUCCACUGCGACUUCUGAAUCUGCAUCUCUUCCUCAGCCUCAAACUCCAGGAACCUGGGGUGAAGAAGGUGCAGGCGGUGCUGAGAGGGUCCAGGCGCCCUGCCCCCAGGACCAGGCAGCAGCCAAUGGCAGGGAUGGGAAGGAGUGCCUCGGGCAGGUUGUGCAGGCCCUCCCUGGGGUCCAUCCCCCAGUCCCAGAAGGGAGCAGCUCCCAGAGUUCUGGGGUCACCCUCCCUCACCCAGCCCCUGCAGAGCCCAUGGCAUCAAUAGGGCUUGCUGACUGAAGUCAGGGCCAAGAGGCCCUGGAGGGCACCAGGGCGUCACCUCCUCAAGGCUUCAGCUGGCCAGUGUUGGGGUUUAUGGCAGAAGGCGUCAGGAAUAUUGCCCAGAUGCACGAGUACUGAGGUUGGGACUGUGGGGAUAACCUAGGAGGACGAGGCCUGGGAGACCCUGGUCAGGAGGAAGCAAAAGCUGGACCCAGAAGACAGGGCCCCUUUCUCCUGAGGCUGCUGUCUGUCUGUCUUAACAGAGGGGAAUUCCCAGUAGCAAAGGCAGGCAGGCCAGAGAUGGGUCUCAUGGUGUCCUGGACGCAGGUCUCUCCUGACCCAGCGCAGGUUUCUGCAAUCCUGGCCAGGCCGGGAUGGGUGAAAACCGACUUCUGGCCAUGGCUGUGAGGAGAGUGCACCACACUCUAUAGUCACCGGGGCCCCUUUUCCCCGUCCCCACAGCUGGAGGUGACCACCUUUGGGCUGUGAUGCUGGCUGCUCCCUUCAAGACCCCCAGUGUCAAGGCAAGGGUUGGCCACAGGCCGGGCAGGGCGUCACUUCCCACCAGGGCUGGUUAGAGACCCAAGAGCACUCUAGGAGGGAGGAGCAGCUUGCUGAGGGAGCCAGGGGCUCAGGGGGGCCUGUUUGUCCACACCCUCCUCAUGCCCCACGCUGAGAAGCCACCAUGGCCACCAAGCUUCUUGUCACCCUCUCUCACCCUGCCAUGCGGGAUCUGCCCCUGCACCCCAGACUCACUUUCCCGCCAUCUCGUAGUAGAUCAUCCGGUCAAAGUUGCUCGUGAGCUGCCAUUCCCGCAUGGCCUGCCACAGUCCCUCCUCCAGGGUCAUGCUGGGCUUCCGCCGGGCCAGGGAUCUGAGAACUGGGCUGUAAAGCAGUGCAGUCAGUCCCAGUCCAUGAGCCCACCCUCCAUAUCAAGCCCACGGUCCCAACACCCAGCCCCUGUCCUCCCCACACUUCUACUGCCAUCUGUCCCUGUCCUGUUCUUCCCGACAUGGGCAGGGCAUGCCCGCGAGACCAAACAUCAACACAAGCCAACGGGUGGCCUCUCCAACUACCCCUGGAGUCCUCAGUGUUACAGUGUUGACAAGUGAACUCAGUACUAUGGGUGGCACGUGUGUGUCUCCAGCAUUCCUGUGCUCAUGCCCUCAGCCCCAGUGUGUCAGUUCUUGGAGUCAAUUAGGGUUAGAGCAGGUCAUGAGGGUGGAUUCCAGUCAUGGCAUCAGAACCCUGAUAAGGGCAGGAGGAGACACCAGGGCUCUCCCUCUCAGCCACAGGAGGACACAGCCAGAGGCAGCCCUCUCCAGCCAGGGUACCAGUCUGCAGCUGCCUUGAUCUGGGACUUCCGGCCUCUGGAACUGGGAGACGUGACUGUAUCCUGAUAAAGCACCCAGUCUAUAGGAGUUGUUAUGGAGGAGCCUGAGCUGACUCAGACAGCAUGCACACAGAAUGACCGGGGAGCCAGGGUUAACGUGCAGGUUCCAGGGCCCCAGGACUGAGCAUUUAACCAGCUUCCUGGAGACUCUGGAGCAAGGCAGCCCCUGGGGACGUAGCCUCUGAGUCCUGGAGAGGAGCAGAAACCAGAACCAAAGCAGAGCGGUAUCCAAGCCCACUGAACGCGGAUCCUGUGAGCCUGGGGCGGCUCCACUCCGAGAAUCAGGGUCCCCAGUGCACCGGAACUCAGCUCUAAGGGAGAAGGCAACCAGUCCCAGGAUGCAGGAGCAGCAAGAUUUUUGGGACAAAGAUUAGGCCUACUUAACACCUACACCCUGGGCAGGGGACUUGCCUAGGGGAGUGGCCAGUGUGUUGCCUGGUGGAUGUGAUGAUUUUCCCGUGGAAUACGGGUUUGCUUAUCCACGGGGGACACAGAGUCACAGAGGCACCGCAGGAUGGAGAGAGGCGGGACUGGGACUGAAACCACAAACUCUCCCAGAUGCUGGCAUUGCUGCCUCAGUCACCACAGUCCACAGCUCUGGGCUGCUGUGCUCGUGGUGCACUCAGAGCCAUCACUGGAACCCUUGGCUUUGGGGAGCGCUGUCCUAGAUGGCCUACUCCUGAUAAUGAUAGCAAUAGGGAUAGUAUUCAUAACUGCUAUCAUGUAAUGUGUCACAGCGUGUGCCGGGCACUGUGCUGCGUGUGUCAUAAGUGAGCUCAAGUCACCUCUUCACCAUCCUCUGAAUGAAGCAUCAUCGUCCCUUUUUCUAGGAGGGAUCAAGGGCGAAGCUGCAAAUACCUGCCCAGCGUGGACCCUAGUGCGGGGCCCAAGACCAUCCCCUGUGCAGGCUCCACCACCGCUGUGCCAGUGGGACCUCAGCAGAACAGUGGACGUGUGCCAGGUUCCUGCAGCUCCCACCCCAGCCCCAUGUGCUGUGUCCCUGGCCUUCGCCACUCAGGUCAAGGGGAGGCACUGGGGCGAACUCAAAGUCCUAAAUCCAACCCGUGGCUCAUGUCGGACCGGGAACCCUCUCUGACCUGGGUCUUCUGUAAACAUUGUCAUGAAAAUGAUUGAAAGGAAGGAUUGGCUGGACUCACGGCACAGUGAGGGGCAGGUGAGAUGUGGCCCCUGAGAGUCUGUCCUGAGCAGCAGCCAGAUUAAUGUUGCUGAACAUGUGCCCUUCCAUAGCUCAGCCCAUCGCCUUCAACAGCGCUCUGCAAGCUCCCCUGAACAGCGUGACCUCCCGUCCAUCCAGCAGCCCCUUUACGGGUGAGCUGCAGGACGAGCUCCGGUGCCCCGAGGACACUCACAUGAAGAAGCAGGAAAGCGCUUCCGUGUCCGGACUCUGGGGAAGGUGCCUCCGGGCCAGGGGCUUGUAGUGCUGCCAGAGUCGGAAGUUCUCAUACACGCUCUUGGGGUUGCAGGAGUCGUCCGGGGGGGCCUUGGCCUGGGAGGGAGCCAGGCUGCCCUCUCCAUGAGCCCCUUGUGGCCAUGGACCAGUGUUCCCUGGGGCCACGAUGGGGGCCGGCUGGGGAGCAGGUGGUCGUCCUGGAGGAGGAAGGCCCUGGGACCAGCCUCCCUCGCAGGCCUGGGUGCCCCCAAAGACAUGGGCAGCCAUAUCGGGCAGCACAGGGGCUGCUGCCAGGAGUCGGGGAGGUGGACAUGUGACGCCCUCACAGAAGGCACCUGGAGCCUGCCAGACGAGGGGGCCCUGAGUUAGGACUAAGGUCUGUGCCUGAGGGGCCUUCAUAGGCCCCACUUCUGUCUUCAUCUGGACAAAGACGUUGGAAACCCCAGCCGAAUUCAGGGCGUGGCCAUCCUGUCCUGCCACCAGAGGGGUCCUUGGGAAGGCAGACAGCACCGGAGGGCCGCCUGGAGAAACUGCUGCAGUCACGAGGGGCGGCCCGUGUGCUGGGCCGGGAGCAGGUGUGGCGAAGGACAGAGCCGUGAACACUGGCAUGGAGGCGCCAGGGUUCUCGGUCAUGCCCGGUCCCAGCACUGGGUAUGCUGUGAAGACAGAGGAAAGAGGUGAAUGAACUGGGGUCUCAGGUCGUCCCUAGUCACUGGGGAAUCAAGAGGGGUGUCCCAACAGCUGAGGGCGUGUGACACAAAUCUGCAGCUUGCAGGUGUCCCUGAGUAUGCAUUGCAUGCUCUGUUCCUCCACAGGAGGGUCACUUCACUAGAGAGCGGCAGUUAGCUAAGAUUGCACCACUGCAUUCUAGCCUGGGUGAGAAAGCAAGACUCCAUCUCAGAAAAGAAACAAUGAAAGAAAACCUCUGGGUGGAAAUCUCUCCCAAGCCAGCACCCUGCGAACCCUGAAGAUAACCCAUAAGCAUCACACCCAGUGUGCAAGUGAUUGUACCAGCACCAUGCACAGCAAGUGCUAAACAUGGGUCAGAGUCAGGGAACACUCUCCUCAGUGCUCGGUGGUCCUGGCUGCCACUCAGGAAGCUCUGUUCCCAGGGAGCAGGUCUGAGAAGCAGUGGUGGCGUUUCCGGAGAUACUGUCAUUGCGCAGCCAGCAAGAGCAGCACACGAUUAGAGCACAGCCAGCAAGCGUGAUGGCCAGAAAAUGAGCAAACGGAAAAAGAAUUAUCCAGAUCGAGUUUCCAUUAUCCAGAAGUAUGGUGCUGAUGCGCUCAGAGCCAUGUGAGAUAUAUCUAUGCUUGAGCCUGGUUGUGGUGCUGCCAGAGAAACAAAGCAGGACGAAGAAGAAACAGAAUUUCUCUACAGUGAGAACAUAGUUAGAAAAGGCCCCAACAUUACAGACCAGUGGAUCCUGUCCUUCAUGCAGUCUCUCAUUGGCUUCUUUGAGACUGAAAUGGCAGCUUAUAGGCUUUACACUGUGGUGCCUCGCCUUGUCAAGUUUGUAGAUAUUCUCCCCAAUUGGUAUAUUAGAAUGAACCGCAGAAGAUUAAAGGGUGAAAAUGGGAUGGAAGAUUGUGUCAUGGCCCUAGAAACCUGGUUUAGUGUUCUGCUCUCUCUUUGCAGACUUAUGGCUCCCUACACGCCUUUUCUCACUGAAUUGACGUACCAGAAUCUAAAGGUGCUGAUUGACCCUGUUUCUGUUCAAGACAAGGACACACUCAGCAUCCAGUGCCUCAUGCUGCCCUGUGUUCGAGAAGAAUUGAUUGAUAAGAAAACAGGGAGUGCAGUAUCUCGGAUGCAGUCUGUGAUUGAACUUGGACGAGUGAUCAGAGACCUCCAAACUAUUCCCAUAAAGUAUCCUUUGAAAGAAAUUGUGAUUAUCCAUCAAGAUCCAGAAGCUCUUAAAGAUAUCAAGUCUUUGGAGAAGUAUGUCAUUGAGAAAUUGAAUGUUCGAAAAGUUACACUGUCUACAGAUGAAAACAAGUAUGGCAUUCAGCUAAGAGCAGAACCAGAUCACAUGGUCCUGGGGAAGCAUCUGAAGUGAGCCUUUAAGGCAGUGAUGACAUCCAUCAAGCAGCUGAGCAGUGAGGAGCUGGAGCAGUUCCAGAAAACUGGGACCAUUGUUGUGGAAGGCCAUGAAUUGCAUGACGAAGACAUCCGCCUCAUGUACACCUUUGAUCAGGCCACAGGUGGGACUGCACAAUUUGAAGCACACUCAGAUGCUCAGACUGUGGUCCUCUUAGAUGUCACUCCUGACCAGUCAAUGGUGGAUGAAGGAAUGGCUCAGGAAGUCAUCAAUCGCAUACAGAAACUUCGCAAAAAGUGCCAUCUGGUUCCAACUGAUGAAAUCACAGUGUAUUACAACGCAAAGUCUGAAGGAAGAUACCUGAAUAACAUUAUUGAAAGCCACACAGAGUUUAUAUUUGCCACCAUAAAGGCUCCCUCGAAACCAUAUCCAGUUCCUCCUUCAGAUAAAAUCCUUAUUCAAGAAAAAACACAGGCCAGGAGGUGGACAGUGCGCAGCAAGGGGCCUGUUCCCAUGAAGGCAAGGGCCGUGUGCAGUGGAAUAUUGGUUCUGGAAAAUCCAAAAGGUGAUAAUAGGUUGGACCUUUUAAAACUGAAGAGUGUUGUCAGUAGCGUUUUUGGUGUGAAAAAUGCAGACCUGGCUGUCUUCCAUAAUGAAACAAAAAUACAAAACCAAACCGACUUACUGAGUCUUAGUGGAAAAACACUUUGUGUGACUGCAGGAUCGGCUCCCUCUCUGAUCAACAGUUCUGGUGCUCUUCUUUGUCAGUAUGUCAACCUGCAGCUCCUGAAUGCAAAGCCACAAGAGUGUUUAAUGGGGACAGUGGGUACUCUCCUGCUUGAAAACCCACUUGGGCAGAGUGGACUCACCCACCAAGGUCUUCUGUAUGAAGCAGCCAAGGUGUUUGGCCUUCGAAGCAGGAAGCUAAAGCUAUUUCUGAAUGAGACCCAAACGCAAGGUGGAAUCUUGUUCUGUCUCCCAGAUGGGGCCGGAGAGGACCCAAACAUGGCUCCCUUUGUCACUCAGCAGAGGCCAGACCACUGUGUAAGGUACAGCUGUGCCCCACCAGCCUCUGCUGCUGUGCCAGUCCCCAGCACCAUGACCACAGCUCUGCAUGCAGGGAGUGCUGGGACCAGUGCUCUGGCAGUCACCGUGGUCCUGAGCCAACAAGUGCCCUGGGGAGGAACCGGAACUCAGACGGUGAAGAAGGUGUUGGCCACGAGGGAACCAGGGCGGGUGCCAGGACCCCGAGGGACCCUGAGGCCAGUCCCUGUGGCCACAGCAAGGAGCAUCUGCUUCCGCCAGUUGGACAAGACUCUUUUCUACCCAGAAACAGGAGAGGGACUUCCCCUGCUCCCCACCCGCCAUCGUAUUUCAAGCACACCCGUGUGGAUGGACGCCUCAACAUCUCCCCUCAGCCCGGGGCCUGAGCUCUUCCUGAUGAGGGUUAAGCAGGAGCGGCCGCCUCUCCCUGUGUCCCUGUUGCAGGCAGCUGCCUUCUCCUCAGCUCCCACGGGGCAGAUCAAGAGCCAGCCAGCUCUCAACAUCCCAGGAUUUUCCAGGGAUGCUGAUAACUAA